AUGAUGUCCGCUGCGGCCGAGCUGCAGAUCAGCUACCGCAACACGUUUAUCGACGCCGAUGUGCUGGGCGCAGAGUCGAUGCGAGCGCGGCCUUUGCCACGGGCAGCAAGCUCUCCCAUUCUGAGUGACUUCGCUGACAUGGCCGAAGACAUCCUCCGCAAGCAGGAUCGACGCACCCGCUCCUAUGUGGGCGGAUUGCUGGACCAGGCCAAGAAACUGGUGCAUCCGGAGACUAGCCUAUCCCGCGACGAGAAGGAUGCGGCCCCCGUAGCCGCCGUGGUUCCACCGACUGGAUUUGACAUCACUGGAACGCAGCGGGAGACCGGCGAAGCUGCAGCAGCCACAUCUGCGCAGCUGAGUCAUCGUUCGGCGAUCUUGACUGCAGCUUUCGCGAUGUCUGACGCAAAGCAUCUGGGUGAUCUCAACCAGGGAAGUCGUGGGCACCCUUUCCUUUGUCGUCGGCCCUGCGUGCACAUUUUGCGCUCGGGAUCCUGUGCGAAGGGCGACUCUUGCUCGUAUUGCCAUUUCCCGCAUGAAGCCAGGAGCAAGCUGGACACUCGACAGCGUGCAAUGUGCGAGGCGAUGCCCAAAGCCCAGUUCCUAUCCGUGUUGACUGAGAUGCUGGCGUCGCAGGGCACUAAAAUACCCGGCCAGGGCCGGGACAUUCUCAGCGUUUUGAAGAAGGAGAUGGAGGAUGCGGAACAAUAUGCUACGCAGGCCUGUGACUCCGAGGAGACUGAAGCUCCGCGUGUCGUCGUGAAGAAAUUCCGUAAAGUGAUCUCGAAAAUGAACUUCGCGGCGUUGGUGUCUCUGACCUCACGGCGCUGUACGGACAAGAGUAAGUCGUGCCUCCUCGCGAUCUUGGAGUCCCUUCGUGCCAAUAGUGAGUUCUGA